AUGGUAGAGGCAAGGCAUCCAAUUCACGAUGAAGAAACCCUCUCCUCUCAUCCUCACCGCUCUCCACCCGACCCGAAUCACCUGCCUUCCUAUCGCUCAACAACCCCACCCUCAGUCCCCGAAACUGGACCUCUUUGCUGCUCAAUCUCAAAUGCAACGGCAGAUUUUCUUGCCUUUUCUCCGACAACCGGGAAGGAACAAGCCAGAAAAGCAUUAGAAAGUGCACUUGGUGGAAAGAAGGCUGAAUAUGAAAAGUGGGACAAAGAAAUUAAAAGAAGAGAGCAAGCUGGUGGUGGGGAUAAUGCCGGCGGUGGGGGUUGGUUUGGAUGGGGUGGAAGAUUUGGUUGGUCCAAUGGUGACAAUUUCUGGCAAGAAGCUCAACAAGCUACCCUCGCCAUUCUAGGCAUUAUUCUCAUGUAUCUCAUAAUUGUAAAGGGAGAAGUAAUGCUGGCUGUCAUCUUCAAUCCAUUGCUUUAUGCUUUGCGAGGAACCAGAGACGUUUUGCCUAUGUAACAUCGAGAAUCCUAGGAAAGAUACGCAGAUGGUCCUGUUGGUUCUGGCAAUAUGUUAAAAAGGAAGCAGACUUUCAUGUUUUGCUAAAGAAAGUGUUUUGAGAAAAUGGGGGAACAAUUGAAAUUUUCUUGCAGGUUCGGACAUCACUUUUUUUUUUCUUUUCAUCUUGACACUUGUGUGGCAAUAAUUGAUUAUUGCAUUUUGAAUUGUAGUAUCUAUAAAUACAUUUUUGAAACUUAAUGAAUGAGAUGGAAGUUGAAAUUUA